CUCACAAAACCCUCCUUCACGCCAUCAACCCCCCGAUCGUCCUCUCUCGCCUCGACUUCAAUCUCUGCGAGCCCGAGCUCGACACCUCUCAAGAACAUAUACCGGCCCUCGGCAUCAUUUCCUUUGACCUUUGAUUCGCCUUGCUGGACCCCUGAUUAUCGCCGCCGACAGUAACUUUUGCCUUUCGACGAAACUCUCCACUUUGUGAGAUUCCUGCUGCCGCCUCAGCAAUCGACGACCUACCUACAAACAAACAUAUUCGUCACCAUCAAACCACCUUUAUCUCUAGAAACGCUCGACUAGCGUGAUUCCUGUUGUCUUCUGUGGUUUAUUCCCUCGUCGGUCAACGCCGAACUUGCUGGUCGAGUACUGUUCGGUGAACAACAGCUCUAUUCACUAUGAACGUCUUGCUCUCGCCCCAACCUCCGGUUUUCCCUCAUCAGCACGAAAACCAUCAUCUCUCUCCCCAGCGAUCCUUAUCACCCUUUCACAACAUGGCCACCCGAAAGCGAAAAGCCGACGAAGAUGGUGAUGAGACCAUGUCUCCUCGAAGUUCGCCCACUAUCUCUUCCCGACCUCUCGCCCGCCCUUCGAAAAAGAUCCGUGCCAACGAAGUUAUUGGUCGACCCCUUGCUCUCCCUCGACUCCUUGAGACUCUCGAUACUGCCCAGUUGAGGACUGUCCUGGAGAGGAUAUGCGAAAGGCAUCCCGACAUUGGCCAUGAAGUUGAAACUGGAGCCCCUCGCCCGUCCGUUUCGUCGGUCGUUGUGGUUUUGCAGGGUUAUAUGGAGAAACUGAGUAACGCAGUUCCCUAUGGCGAGACGAGUCCCGAAUACACCUACUACCGAGUCAAAGAGCCUCUUGUGGCCUUGAUUGACGCACUCUCCGACUUCACUCCCCAGUUUCUGCCACCAAACGAGACUCAGCCCACAAAGUCGCUCGAGUUCUUGAACGAGGCCACCAACAUUAUCCACAAGCUCCCUGACUGGGAACCCCAAACAUAUCGACACCACAAGGAAAACGCAUACGAGGAGAUCUCUAAGGCCUGGGCUCUUGUUAUUAACGAGGCGGGCAAGAGGGCUGGAGGCAUCAACUUGCACAGCGGAGGAUGGGAUCAGAUUUUGUCACGACACAACGAGCAAUCUGGCGGCCGGCUUGCCUACGCCAUCAGUGCCAUGACUACCAGUGUUGGCUGGUUGGACCCCAGCACGAGUUCCGGACCGGCUGGUGCCUCUGACCCCAAUUCCAUCCUCAACCAGCUUAUGUCUGGCAUCAUGGGGCUGGCAUAGACUUGAGGCAUCCCUUUUCGUCACGGCAGGGUUUGGUGGCGUUUUUUUGCGUGCAUUUUUUGACAUCCCUCUCCUCCUUCACUCGCGUAUAGCAGGGAUCAGUGCUGGGAUUUUCUUUUAUUCUACCAAUCUUGACAGCGCGGACAGACCGCGUAUUCCUGUAUGUAGACUUGCUUUAGUUUACCUGGCCAUCGCCUAGGUGAUCUUAUCAAGCGACGAUUGUGGCAGACUGUAGCUCGCCUGAAGCGGGUUAAACUUUGCUCAUGAGCGUGAGAUAAUUGACAGCUUUGGCAAUCAACUUGGAUAAUUGGCUUACUUCCG